UCCCUCCCGGAAUGGGGCCCUGCGCCCCGAUGUCUGCAACCCAGCUUCCCCCUGGCCCUUACAAUGGCGGCUCCAUGUACGCACCCGCUCUUUCUACGAUGAAUCCUCACUACCCCCACGCGGCUGGCUCUGGACCAGGCACCAUGCCCCCUGGUCCCCGACCGUCGCCCUCUCAAGCCUGGAAUGCCCCCCCGGCCCUUCCAACUGCUGCGGACACCGAGGCCCUUCCCAUUAAGACGGGGAAAUUCAGCAAAAGCGAAUCGCAGGCGAUUUUGCACGCGGUCCAAGAGUAUUGCGAGGCCCACGACGUGAGCGUGCACCGCCUGUGCUCGGAGAAUGCUCACCGGGGCGACUUGAAAGGCGCCUGGUUGAAAAUCGCCAAGGUGCUCCCGAACCGGACCGUCCAAGCCGUCUACCGGCACGGCUUAAGGAAACUGCACUCCUUCAAGCGGGGGAAAUGGACGGAGGAGGAGGAACGGAAGCUGAUGGAGCUGGUGGAGGUGCGCGGCCAGAAGUGGGUCAAGUUCCAGGAGGUGUUGAACCGCUCCGCUGACGCCUGUAGAGACAAGCACAGGGAGCUGGCGACGGGGUGGGCGGCCAAGGCAUGGGCAAGGAAGGGGGCGGAAGGGUACCCGGAGGAGGCGCGGGGGCCGCCGACGGCGGUGGAAGGGGAGGAGGCGGGGAAGGAGGGAAG